ACAAUGGCAUCUAGCAAACGUGCAGGAAAUUUUAUGGAUGAAUUUAAUUGCUCAGUUUGCCUUGAACUUUUAUAUGUCCCAGUGACACUGGUGUGUGGGCACAAUUUUUGCAAGUCUUGCAUUGACAGAGUUUGGAGGAGUGAGACACAGCCUUCCUGCCCUGAGUGCAGACAGGAAUGCACAGCCAAGAAAUAUGCAGUGAACAGACAACUAGCAACUGCGAUUAAAAGGGUAAAAAUACAACAGCAGGAAGAAGGACAAAACUCAUGUGAGAAAGACCAGCUCUGUAUGGAACAUAAAAUACAGUUUGAGUUGUUCUGUAAAGAGGAUGAAUCUUUGGCUUGCUCACUGUGUGUUCCAGAACAUCCUGGUCAUACCUUCUUUACACUGCAGAAAGCACUCGACAUGUACAAGGACAACCUGAUAAUAUCUCUAUCUCAUCAGCAGUCAAGUCUGAAUCACUUUGAAGAAAUAAAGUGGCAGCAAGAAAUGCAGAUAUCAGACAUCAGAGAUGAUGCUAGAAGUUUACAGUUACACGUAACAUCAGAAUUUGCCAAGCUUCAUCAGUUCCUCAAGGAGAAAGAAGAAAAUCUGAUCCAACAGCUGAAGGAGGAAGAAACAGGAAUUCUGAGGGAGAUGGAGGAGAACCUGACAAAAAUUAAAGAAGAUAUUAAUGCAUUUCAGGAAUCAAUCUUUAAUAUUCAGUUACAGUUACAGGAACGGGAUGAACAGACCUUUCUAAAGGAAAUCAAGUCAUUAAUAUUGAGACUUGCAAAGGACCAGAAAGAGCGUGAUGUCCCAAAGGUUGUAGCUCGAGAACUGACUUUUGAGGUGUACAAAAGCCACCUGCAAUAUGGUAUAUUGAAGGAAAUUAAAUCUAUUUUACAUCCAAGUGACACCUCCAGGUGCAUCUGCAGUUAGCUCCUACUGGCACCUAGGUGUCAAAUAUUGCUUGUUCAUAUUUAUCUCAAUAAUUCCAAAACCAUGCUAUGUACAAGGUUUUAAAACAUUUCAUCUUAAAGCUUACACAAAAGCAAAUGUAACUGAUUUAAUAUCUGACCUCUGUCUAGUGCAGAUAAAUAGAUAUUAACUGUUGUUUUUAUAUUAAUUUAGAUAGAUAUAAUUUUCACAUUUUUCUAAAUAUCUCAACAACCAAGUAACACAGACAGAACUCCUUAGCCUCAUAUGAAAGCUCUCAGCUAGAGGAAUAAACCACUGCUGACAACA